AUGGGUGACACUGCGACUGCUGUCCCGACGAAGGAAGACUGGAAGACGGUUGCUGCACGGAAGAAGGCUGCUCAGCUAGCUGCACUACCUAAGGAGUGGAUUAUCGACCCACCAGAGCUGUCGCGAAGGAACGUUACGAAUGUGCCUGCUGAGUGUGGGCUGCUUACCCCCCGCGAACUGGAGAUCACCGACACGAAAGAUGUCGCACUCCUCCUGGAGAAGUUGGCAAAGGGCGAGUAUACCGCUGUGGAGGUGACCACUGCAUUCUACAAACGUGCUGUUAUUGCGCACCAGAUGACCAACUGCCUCACCGAGAUCUACAUUGAGAAAGCGGUUGCCUGGGCUACUUCCCUCGACAAAGCACUUGCCGAAACCGGCAAGCCUGUCGGACUUCUACAUGGUCUUCCCAUAUCGCUCAAAGACCAGAUCAGCAUUGCCGGUCUCGACACCGUAAUGGGCUACGUCGCGUGGAUCGACAAGCCCGCGGAGAAGAACUCCGUGCUUGUCGAUAUCCUCCUCGAGCAGGGUGCAGUCCCGUUCGUGCGGACCAACGUGCCUCAGACACUUAUGUGGGGCGAGACGUUUAACGUCGUCUUUGGGAGGACGGUGAAUCCGCAUAACCGGACGUUGACGCCCGGCGGGAGCAGUGGUGGGGAAGGCGCUUUGCUAGGCAUGGGUGGGAGCCCACUGGGUGUCGGCUCGGAUAUCGGUGGCAGUAUCCGUAACCCUUCGAGCGUGAACGGCCUUUACGGCCUUCGCCCCUCCUACGACCGCAUCCCCUACGAAGGCAGCGUGACCUCCGGUCAAGGGCAGGAAGGGAUCGUCUCCGUCCUCGGACCUAUGACACGACACGUAUCCGGCCUGAAGAUAUUUACUAAAGCCGUGCUCGACGCCAAGCCCUGGACGCGAGACCCGUACUGCAUUCGCAAGCCCUGGGACGCGGAAUCGUACGCUCUUGCGGAGCAUGGGGAGGGGAAGAAGAUGUGCUUCGCUAUCCUGUGGCAUGAUGGGAUCGUCCGUCCUCUACCACCGAUCCGGCGCGCCCUGGAAAAGACGAAAGCGGCGCUCGAGGCUGCUGGACAUACAAUUAUUGACUGGGAACCCCCAGUUCCGCACGGGGAGAUGCGCCCUAUAGCCACCUCAAUUUUCGGGGCCGCAGCUGGGGAGGACGUGAUUGAGACCGUGAAGUCUUCUGGGGAACCGGCACUGAGCACUAUGGACCCUCUGCGGCCUCCCCCGGAUCGGGUAGAUGUGCCCGAGGGAGGGAAGCUCGUAUGGAAGAGAGAUGGCAGGCCGGAUCCUGUGCCGCUCAGCAGUUACGAGUUCUUCAACGUGUGCUGGAACAAGAGGGCGAUGCAGAAGAAGUAUCUUGAUGGGUGGAUGGCCACGAAGGAUAGGACAGGCACGGGCAGGCCAGUGGACGCUCUGAUCACUCCUGCUGGUCCGUAUCCCGCACCGACGCACGGGAACCAUAUACAUGCGUUCUUUACGACCUGGUGCAACAUCCUCGAUUAUCCGGCUGCUAUAUUCCCUGUGACGAAAGUCGACCAGGAGCUCGACCAGUCCCUGCAGCGCACGGAGUUCUUGGGGCCGGAGGACGAGAAGGUGCACGGUCUUUAUACCUCGCCCGACGUCUUUGCUGAUGCGCCGAUCAGUUUGCAGCUGGUUGGCCAAAGGUGGGAGGAGGAAGCCGUCAUCGGUAUGACUGAGGUUGUAGAUGCGGCGUUGGCUGCAUAUCAGUAG